UGUGGAUUUUAGCUAGCAGACUUUGGCAUUUGCCAGUUAGCUAGCAAACAUUGAAACUCACGGAUGAAGAAUUAUUUCGAGAAUUUGCUCUGUUUUGGAACACUCCUGUGGCCAGCGUGCCGACAAUCUUUGAUUGUAAAGCCAACAUUGGACUGAUAGCAAGACACAUGCAUGCCGAGGUUAAAUAAAAUGACGUUAGCCAGCUAACGUUACUGUAGCCAGCUAUUGGAAGUGGUCACAUGCCAGUCCAGAAUGUUAUCUAGCUAGCUAACAUUAGUGGUUGACAAAGGAAAGAAGACAUCCUACCUGAAACAUGUUUAAGAACGAAUAUCAGGGUGGAGCUGCUGUAGAGAUCUUCAGUGCACAAGGGAAAGAUCCUGUUGCAAAAUGGAAACUUUGUGGAGGAAAAUCAGCUAUAAAUAAAGAGUUUGACAAAGAGGUCAAGAGCUUUGUGUACCGUCUGGAGGGGAGCAGCCAAGCUAUUAAAAUGCAGAUGCCAAAGGAUGGAAAAAUGUCUCUUGGACUGGUACAGAGAUUCUUGGUCCUCCAGGUGAAUGUUUCCCAAUGUAAAGACUUCUCUACAGAGCUUGUGAUAACUGAUUUAGGUCAUCUGAAAAGGAGGCUGUACCUAUCCACAGUUCAUAAAGAGUUCUCUGCUACACCCUUGCAUGCAAGGAUACCUUUCGGUCUGAAACGCAACGUUUGGUGCAACAUGUGCAUCGACCUUGUGUCAUUCACCAGUGAGCUGUUUAAAGGUGCAGGGUUCUUAUCCCUGGAUGGAAUCACUGUCUCUGCCAGCUGUAAGUUACGGAGAAUCUUCACCAUGAAGACUGAGCCUGCAGGGGCUUCUGAUGGAGACCUAUAUAUUGGUGUAAAUGGUCCCAUGGACUCGAUCCCUCGGAGCUGCCAGUUUCCCCCUGAUGUCCACCAGGUGAUCCAGGUAAAGAACAUGGAGAGGCUGAGACUGGCAGACCUGAAGACUUGCCCUCACAACUCUGAGUCUGAUCAGUCAGGCAGUGGCAGGGUAGCCAGUGCUGCUCGAGGCCCCAAGAUCCAGCCGGACGCCUCCCACAUCGCAUUUGGGUCGAGGGUUUUAGGACCCCCUCCACUGACCGGAAGGAAGAAUAGUGGACUCUCAGAGGGACAGGGACAGGACGGGAGGACACAGGACGGGAGGACACACCGGAGCAUGAAUAUGGGGUCUGUAUCUGGUGCAAGAACAAAUAGAACAGCUGCUUCAGAGAGACAUCAGGAUCAUGGAGACUGGAGCGAGAAACAACCUGGUCCCAGUAGCCAGAAGAACGACUCCGUUUAUGAGCUGGCAGGGAAGCCAGGGAGCCUGCAGCCGCGACCACCUAAAGACAGAGCGUCAUCAGACAAGGCGGGGUCCAGGAAGCUACGGGUACACAGUGCAGGGAAGGAGAAAUUGGCGCCUGGCUCAGUUGAGCUGUGUAUGUAUUAUGAAAGCUUUAGAGAGCCUGUCUGUGUGAAAUGGAUUGUGUGUCUAAGUGUGAAGUGUGUGAAGUGUGGUGGUCUUAGGGUAGAUGUUCUCUUUUCUGUUGUAAAUGGACCCAUAGACGCUGGAUUUAGCCACCAUGGAGACAGGAACCAACGACUUUUGACCCCCAGUGAGACGAGUGGAGACCAAACAGAAGACAAGUUGUUGUCUGCCAGACCGGUUGACGAGGACAGAACCUGUUUGGAGCCCUCCAAAUCUUCUCCAGAGCUUCUGUCUGGCCAGUCGACCCCUGUCCCUGACCUCCCCCCAUCACCAUUACCCCUGCAGGACUCGGACAGUGAUGACAGUGAAGGGGAGAGUGAUGUGGAUGAAGUCUCUGAGCCUCAGUUCUCAGUGGAAAACGUGUUCACCUUCUCUUCUUGGCCCCACUCAGCCAAGCGAGGACAGGGACAAGGAUAUGGAGACCAGGGACAGGGCCAGGGACAUGGAGAGACCUGCUGGACUGAGGAGGCAGCUCAGGCCACUGACACCUACAGCCAGCAGGACACGGGAGGGCACAGGGGGGCCAGGCCAGACGAUGACUUCCUCGCCAGCGAGAGUGAGGAGGAAGAGACCUCCUCCAGGUUCCUCUAUCAGAGGUCCAGUGUCCCCCCCAGCCCUGGUACUCCUGGUGUUCCCCCCAGCUCCACCCCUGGUAUCCCCGGAUCAUCAGGCCUAGAUGAGGACACUCCGCCCAGAGCACGGCCUGGGUCCAGUGGUGCAGACCGAACAUUUACCAUAGAGCGAACCCUAACCCACACAGACCCUGCAGGGUGUAAAACCAGGCUGGCUCCCCACACUGACUCCCAAGCAUACAGGAGAACAUUAGAGGUGCCUGGGAUGGUCCCAACCCGCUGCCGGUCACCCUGUCAGGGUACCAGGCAGGGGCAGAGACACAGCAGUCUGGGCCAGUCUGGACCUGGGGGAAGAGAAGGGGGAGCGAGCCAGACUCAGGACAGGAGCAGCAGCAGGACAUCACUGAGCAGGAGAUCUCUGCGAGAGAUCAUCCCCCGAGGAGACGCCACAUUAGACAAGGUGGGAGAGGAGAGGGCGGAGAGCAGGCAUGAGCCUGUUGGGUCCAGUAGCUGUGAUUUGCGUCUGUUGGACAGCCUGCGUAUGCAGGAGGAGGAGGAGCUACAUAUGCUGGCCAGUCUACGGCGGGAGCAGGAGGAAGAAGAGGAGGGUGGAGGAGCAACAGGUCUCAGUGCCUCUCAGAUCCACCAAUGUAACGUCAGCAUCAGCACCAGCAGUGAUGAGCCAUCCACCUGGACACACAUACCUAUGCCGGCCAAACAGGGCCAUCACUACCAGAAGGAAAUGAACCCACUCUUACACUCCAAUCCAAGGGAAUGGAUGGAUGUCCUCAGCCCUCCCAUUAUUCCUCCUAGCCAGAAAAAAGGGAAGGGGUCAGAGGGCACAAGGGACCAUCGGAGUGGACCCCCGACCAGAGGGGCUGAUGGAUCAGUGAAUGGGGGAAAUGAGGACGAGGAGGAGUACCUGAAUCUGCUCUAUGAUCCCUCUCUUAACUGCUACUUUGAUCCCCAGUCUGGGAAAUACUAUGAGCUGGUUUAAUUCAUCAAGCUUUUUGAUGAGCAAAAUGCAGGAAAAGAACAGAACAGGCAUGUUCACUACUGGAAAAAUAUAUAUUUUUUUGUUUUACUUAAUUACGCUUUUCUGAACUAUUAACGAGCCUUAGAAAAUAUUUAUACCAUUCUGUUAUCCCCGGUUGUAUUUAAUAUGGAAUGGUGAGGAUGCUCUUGUAAUUAAUUGUUUAUACAGUGACUUUUUUAAGUGUUCUGUACUGUAUAGUGUGUAUGCAGUAGUGUGUGUGUCAUGUGUGUCCUCUACACAUAUUUGUGAUUAAACGUGUUUGCUUUACCCUUGG